GCUCGCAGCAAGCGUCGGUCGUUUAUAUGUUGCCCGACAAGCCAUUAGAUCGCGUAUUACUGUCGAAGUCUUCGCUGGUUGAGGAUCAUCGUCGCAGCAACCGUGUUGCCCUCCGUGUGUUAUUUGUCAGUGAUUGCUUAGUGUACUUUUUUGUGUGAGUCUCCAACCCAUUUCAUCGCAAUGGAUUUCUACUACCUACCCGGAUCUGCCCCAUGCCGUGCCGUGCAAAUGACGGCAGCCGCCGUUGGCGUUGAGCUGAACCUGAAGUUAACCAACCUAAUGGCCGGUGAGCAUAUGAAGCCGGAAUUUCUGAAGUUGAACCCGCAACACUGCAUUCCGACGCUGGUCGAUGAGGACGGGUUCGUGCUGUGGGAGUCGCGUGCAAUCCAGAUCUAUCUCGUCGAGAAGUAUUGCGCCCACGAUCCAACCCUCGCAGAGCGUCUGUAUCCGCAAGAUCCGCGUCGCCGUGCCGUCGUACAUCAGCGACUGUUCUUCGACGUUGCCGUACUAUACCAGCGGUUCGCCGAGUACUACUAUCCGCAGAUCUUCGGCAAGAAGGUGGCCGGCGAUCCGGACCGGUUGCGCUCGAUGGAGCAAGCCCUCGAAUUUCUCAACACCUUCCUCGAGGGUGAACGCUUCGUAGCGGGCGGGGACGAUCCAACGAUCGCCGAUUUUAGCAUUCUGGCAUCGAUCGCAACGUUCGAGGCCGCUGGCUAUGACUUGCAGCGGUAUGAAAACAUUCACCGUUGGUACGAGCGCACCAGUGAGAUAGCACCGGCUGCUGAUAAGAAUUUGGAAGGAGCUAAAAUUUUUGGGCGUUACUUCACAAACAAAUAAGUAGCCGAGUAGCUGCUAUUUGCUUCCACUGAAUACACAGCAUCCUGAUCUCCGUGUUUCUUUGUGUUGCAACAAAUCAACGUCAUUGCUUAUCAUGUUUCAACAUAUUUAUAGUCUUUUUUAUACCAAUUGGAUGACAUAACGAUGCCUCUUAUCUUUAACUUCCGCUUAAAACUCAUGCAGAUUGCACAUUUUCAAAACUGUUCGAGCGUGCAAUGAACUGUGCCUUCGUUUGUUUGUCUGUUUGUUUGUUUGUUUGUUCGUUUUGUAUUUAUUUGUCGUGUAAUACAAAUUAAAGUUCCCGUACAAUAGAUGACUAAAGCACCAACGAUUGCUUUGUUUUUAUUUUUCCCUUGCUUUCCUGUUACUGUUGAUUUGUAUGUGUGUUCGUGGUUUGCAUACUUCCAAACUUCCCGACCAUACCUA